AUAUUCAUUAUUUUGCAAUUUAUCGUUCUUUUUCAGAUUUUGCUCUUGUUCUGAAGCAUAAAUAUACAUAGAACGAUGAAGUGAAACUAGACACAGUGCGAGAAUACGAAACUACGAUAAAUAGGUAACUUACGCCAGCUUUACUUCAUCAGGGUUCAAGGUCGGAAAACACCUUCCUGUCUGAAGUAUCAACUUUGUCCAAAGUUUACAUGUUAUCUUCAAUCUAACUGUCACCAAUGGCUAUCGGUGGACGGCUGAUGUUGGGGGUCGUUAUCUAUGGGCUGCUGAUAAGUCUGGCAGAUGGAGAAAUACACCGGGCAAAGACAUCAUCUCAUAAAAGCGGGGGACGAGGUAGUCGAGACAUAGACGUGGCAAUUUUAGCAGACGAUAUGUUUGGUUCUGAAGGGUUGGAUACUUGGAUUUAUGCGAUUUUAGCUUCUAUACUUGUCGGACUAAGUGGUAUUUUCCCACUUCUUGUCAUUCCCAUCGAAGCUGGUCCGGCGUUAAAACAUGGAGCAUCUGCCAAUAGGUUGAAGCUGCUGCUGAGCUUUGCUGUGGGAGGUCUGUUGGGGGAUGUGUUUCUCCAUCUAUUACCUGAGGCCUGGGAACAUCUUGACAAAGAGGGACACAACCAUGAUGGACACAUGAAGGUCGGCCUCUGGGUCCUGGGAGGUAUCAUCUCAUUCCUCGUCAUAGAAAAAAUAUUUGCAAAGGAAGGAGAAUUUGACCAUAUAGGAGAUGAAGAUGAGACAGAAUCAGAUUCGUCAUUAAAGGAGCCAAAAAAUACGAACAGUACAGAUUCUCUACGACAGAGGGAAACAAAAGACAACUCUAAAAAAACAGAAACCACAGAUAAAUCUUCCAAUAAUCCUCCAGUAUCACAGCCCAUAAAAGUCAGUGGAUAUCUAAAUUUGCUAGCCAAUGUUAUAGACAAUUUCACACAUGGUCUGGCUAUAGGAGGGAGUUUCGUUGUAAGCAAUAAGGUUGGUGCCAUAACCACAUUUGCCAUACUUUUACAUGAAGUUCCACAUGAAGUAGGAGACUUUGCUAUAUUACUUCGCUCUGGGUUUGACCGAUGGAAAGCAGCUAAAGCACAGGUCCUGACAUCAUCUGGUGUGUUGGUGGGAACACUAACAGCUCUCACAGCAGAAUCGGCCCAGGCUGCAGGUGAGCGUACUGCCUGGAUUUUACCGUUCACAUCUGGGGGGUUUAUAUACAUAGCACUGGUAACAGUGGUACCAGAUCUUCUAGAGGAAAAACAUGGCAGGGAGUCUGUGAAGCAGGUGAUAUGUCUGUGUGCAGGGAUCUGUUCUAUGGCCCUCGUGUCCCUCAUCCACUGAUCACAUCCACCGUGAAAAACUCCACUGACUGCAAGUCAAGUUCAAGUCCAACAACCACCAAAGUCAAAUCAAAAUUCAAGUCCCACCUCCAAUGACAUACCUGAUACCAGUUGAGGUCACCGGACCAGUCUCAGUGGCCAGUACCGCCAUUGAUGGUCCUAUCUAUGUGUAUUUAUGUUUGAGGUCAUUUAGUCAUAUUUCAUCAGCAAACAAGGUGAAGGUCAUUCAGUGACAUUCAUCAUCAAGAAGGUCAAGGCUAUCUAGUGACAUAAGUGAAAGGUCAACUUCAUCAAGUUAGGUUCAGCAGCAACUAAAAUCAUGGCUAUCCAUUGAGUUUUUUUUAGUAAAAUGUCAAGUUCAUGAAAUGAAAUUUAUUAAAAACGAAGGCCAAGAUCAUCUUGUGGCAUUUAUCAACAGGUCAAGGUCAUCAGGUGAUAUUCAUCAACAACCAGUGUCAAGUCAUCAACCAUUGCCUCAGCACUAAGCGUUAUAUUUAUUGUAAUUGUGCCAUAGAAAUAGACACAUGUCUGCAGCCUCCUGUUAGCUAGGUCUGUGUUGUUGUUUAUCUAUUUUACUCUUUUUUUAUUCUCUCAAUUAUCAAUCUGCUCUGUUGAUGUUAUUGAAAUCUCAGAGCCAGAUAUACUCUCUGGCUCUGAGAUUUCAAUAACAUCAACAGAACAAAUGGGUUUUUUAAGGGAUCGGUAUUUUUUUUUUUAUCUAUUUUUGUUUAGUCUUCUAAUUGAAAGCAAGUGUCCAUUUUAUGUGUUCCAUUAAAAACAGGCAUUGUUCUAAAAUCACAAGAUUAUACAAAAAAUAAACAAAUAUCAAAAACACACACACACACACACAAUAAAAGUGGACAAAAAUGUAGACAUUGUAAUGCAUUUUCCUAGUUACUAUCAGAUCUAGAAUCAUUUGUUUUAUCAAGACAUUGUAAUGCAUUUUCCUAGUUCCUAUCAGAAUCCUUUGUUUUAUCAUGCCUAACCUAUUGUCUUGGUUUUGACAGAACUAUCACUCUUUGUGACACUCUGGGCAAGUGUAUUAAGUUUGAACUGUUCUUAGUUAUUUGAUAUUGGUGAUAGACUGUUAAAAGGUGUGUGCCUGAUGACGAUCAUAACGGUGAUAAAUGACAACAUUACAUUGAAUUAGGUACACAGUAUUAUACAUGUAUUAUGAUAAAGGUAUUAUUAUCUAGAAGUCCAGAAAAGAAGAAAAUUGUAUAUGUUCUAGAAGAAUUUUGUUGCAAGCUUUUUCAUUUCUGUUUAGGAAAUCAGGAGUCACAGGGCAGGACCCUGCAGUCAAAGUUAGAAUAGAACAUCUAGGAAGCUGUCACUUAUUUCAUUAUAUCAAAUCUGAUGCCGGUUCAUCUAUUCUACCAAUUCAUUUUGAAUGAGAAUCUACUCGUGGUUUAAGAUUUGGGUAAAAUAGCCUCACUGGCUUCAAGUAAUCUAUCUACUUAUCGAUUUAUAUUCUAACAAUGGUUCAAGGUUGUGUGAAAAUAAUCAUUAUUUUCAUUUUUGAUAAAAUUAUACUUAUUAGUCAAUAGUAAAUCAAAUAGCAAAAUCAUAAAUCGCUACCUUCAUGUUUUUAUGACGUGUGUAUGCUAACAGAUAUUUUGAGUGUCGUCCCUACACAUGAAAAUGUCUUUGUUAUGAACUGAAGUUCUGUUAUCAUAUAUAUUAAACAGUAACAAAGAAUUACCUGUAUCUAUUAUAAUACUUAAAUGUCAGUAGGGUUUUACAAUAUAUAGACUGUCCAUAAAGCUUUUAUUACUGUGAAGUAUAUUGAAUGCUUUACUACUAAUGACCACGUAAUUAUAUAAGUAUCUCUCUGCUAUGACAGGUGGAAUUUACCAAGUAAAUGUUGAAA